CCCGUUCGGUUCUAACGCCUUAUUUCGCAGGCAACGUUCUGCCGGUGAACUUAGCUCUAGAUUACCUACAGCUCGCGGGUUCUUCUCAGUUUCCGUUGUGUAUCGUGUCGUGUUGCAGUUUGUUUUUUUUUUUUUUGGAUCGCGCGGGGAAUUACCGUCUUCGUUGAAUAAUUUGGACUUUUUUGUUCCUGGUGCCAAAAAAUCACGCAAAUUUUUGUCAUAAUGAAGGUCAUGGUUAGUGGAGUAGCAGCAGUGCUGCUGGUGACGCUGGCGACUAAUGCCUUCGCGGCGCAAUUCCCCGCCGGUUACACACUGUGUCCCAAGGACGAUCAGAAAUGCCUAUUCGAGCGGAUCGCCGGAACCUUUGCCAAGCAUGCCGCCGGAAUUCCCGCCAUCGACCUGGUAUCGCUGGACCCGUUGAAGAUCUCCAAGAUGGACAUCGUCCAGGGUGGUGACGGACCCAUCAACAUUGUGCUCAACUUCAAGAACGUUGACCUGACGGGCCUGUCGCAGAGCGUCGUCAAGAAGGCCAACGGAUUCACGGCCAAUCCCACCAAGAUGGAGCUGGGCAUUCUGGUGCCGGUCACCAGCCUGGUCGGUGGAUACAAAAUCAACGGCAAGGUGCUGAUUCUGCCCAUUCAGGGAGAAGGCAAGAGCAACAUGACUAUGGAGAACAACCACAUCCAGCUGAAGUGGACCGGCAAGCUUGUCGACCGUAGCGGCAAACAGUACUACCAGCUGGACAAGCUGAAGGCCACCUUCGACACGACCCGGUUCCACAUGCACUUCUCCAACCUGUUCAACGGGGACAAGGCCCUCGGCGACAACAUGAACGUGUUCCUGAACGAGAACUGGCAGGACAUCCUGAAGGAGCUGAAGCCGGCCAUCAUCGAUGCGUUCGUGAAGAUCUUCCAGUCGGUGAUAACGAGCGUAUUCAACAAGGUGCCCUACAACGAGCUGUUCCAGUGAGCGAGUGAAUGAGUGAGAAGCGAAUGCGAAGAGAUCUGGUGGAAUUUGAGCGGGACGGUGAGUUUGUAAGCGACCUUGAGUGAUGUACGUUCUGGAUGAUUUUGCUGAGUGUUAAAGAUAAUGUUAGUAUAUUAUUGUCUAAAAAUGA